CCUCUCAUUGUGUUCAUUUUUGUCUUUUUCAGCACAAACUCCCCUGCAGAGAAGAUGGAUUGGGGCGCACUGCAGAAUAUUUUGGGGGGUGUCAAUAAGUACUCCACCAGCAUUGGCAAAAUCUGGCUGACCGUCCUCUUUAUCUUCCGAAUUAUGAUUCUGGUCGUGGCUGCCAAGGAGGUGUGGGGAGAUGAGCAAGCCGACUUUAUCUGCAACACUCUCCAGCCAGGAUGCAAAAACGUGUGCUAUGACCACCACUUUCCCAUCUCUCACAUCCGCCUGUGGGCGCUGCAGCUGAUCUUUGUGUCCACGCCCGCCCUCCUGGUCGCCAUGCACGUUGCCUACAGGAGACACGAGAAGAAGAGGAAGUUCAUUAAAGGCGAGAUCAAGAAUGAGUUCAAGGACAUAGAAGAGAUCAAGGCUGAGAAGGUCCGCAUCGAAGGGCCACUCUGGUGGACGUACACAAGCAGCAUCUUCUUCCGAGUGGUCUUCGAAGCGGUCUUCAUGUAUGUCUUCUACAUCAUGUAUGACGGCUUCUCCAUGAAGCGCUUGGUGAAGUGCACCUCGUGGCCUUGCCCCAACACAGUGGACUGCUUCGUCUCCCGGCCCACGGAAAAGACUGUGUUCACAGUUUUCAUGAUCGCGGUGUCCGGAAUUUGCAUCCUGCUGAAUGUCACUGAGUUGUGUUAUUUGCUUAUUCGAUAUUUUUCUGGAAAGACCAAAAAACCAGUUUAACACUUUGCCCUGCUGUUAGGUGGAAGGCAGACAGCAUGAAAAGGCUGAGGUAACUACCUCGAAUUAGCUGUCAAGUCAGAGUCCCCCAUCUCCCAAGGUAAAGAUACUGGUCUUACAUGCAGCCACCUGAACAAGCCCCCCGCUGCCUCCCUACCCCCCAACACCUCACAGGAAACUCCACAUGCCUGUGGUGGAGGUUCCACUCGCCUCGAACAUCUCAAAGCAAAGGCUUAGUUCUAGGUCUAUACUAUUUGUCACUAAAAUCCAUUCCAGUCUUUAUAAGUUUAUCUUUGUAUUUUAAAUAAAGGAGAAAGAACAUUGGGAUCUACAGGAAACACCCAUCUGGUUUGGUGGUUCCUCUGAGGGUCCCCUUGGUCAGGGUGCCUAGAAUUAAAGGUAAAUUGAGAAACACUGGAUUCUUUUAA